AAAUGACAACCGUUUUCUAACCUUCUUUUCUUGUUUACCUAUUUUGAAAUUCAAAAGGCAAACAUAUUAGCAAUAUUAGUUCUAGUUGGUGUUAUUACUUAUAAUAUACCUGUUGCCAGGACGUUUUACAUUAAUUUUUUAUCUUAAGUUAGGAAUAGUGUAUAUAGUAGUUACAUAGUGUUAGCACAGUGUUAGUAAUCAUUAUGGUUAGUUGUGCAUCUUGUGGUUGUACUAUGACCCAGAAAAGUAAGAAUGAAGGAAUUACGUUUCAUAGUUUUCCAAAAGAUUGUCGCAGAAGAUUGUGGAUUGAAUUCCUAAGAAAGCCAGACUGGUUACCAAAACCAUCAAGUGUUCUGUGUUCACACCAUUUCGCCCAGGACUGCUUUGAUAGAAUGUCUAAACUGAAAGUAAGACUACAAGCAACUGCUGUCCCUACAGUGGAAGUGACUAGAUUGAAAUAUGUUCGAUCAAAUUAUCCAACUUUAUAUUCAACGGCAAAUGAAAAUUCCAGUCAGUCAACAAGCAGUUGUUUAUUGAAAACAAAUUUAACUUUGUCCUCAACUGCAAAUGAUGUGUUUAGUCCACCAACAAGCAGAAGUGUAUUGAAGAAAUAUGUAUUAUUAACUCCAAAGAAAGAGACCAACGAAACUACUACACUAGAAGCUAGCGAUGGGCCAAUAAGCAGAAAUUUAUUGAAGAAAAAUCUAUUACUAACUCCAAAGAUAGAAACAAGUGAAUCCACUACAAUAGAAGCUAGCAAUGCAUCAACCAGCAGAAGUUUAUUGAAGAAGAAUUUAUUACUAACCCCAAAGAAAGAGACAAACAAAACGACUACAAUAGAUGUUAGCGAUGGGUAAAAAAGCAGAAGUUUAUUGAAGAAGAAUGUAUUACUAACUCCAAAGAAAGAGACAAACGGAACCACUACAAUAGAAGCUAGCGAUACGUCAAUAAGCAGCAGUUUAUUGAAGAAAAUUGUAUUACGAACUCCAAACAAAAAGACAAACGAAAACACUACAAUAGAAGGUAGUGGCCAACCUCGGCAGGUAUUCACAACUCCACCGAAAAAUAUAUGCACUGCGAUAAACGCUGAUGAUACACCUCAAACGAUAUUUUUAAAAAGGCAACUAAGUAUUCAGUUUUCAGAAAAUCUUUUAAAAAAGAAGAAAAUUAGAUCGCUUCAAAACACGGUGUUGUAUCAGAAGAAACAAAUAAAAAACUUAAAAAGUGUAAUAUCAACUUUGAAGAAACAAAGUAUCAAAUGAAGAUGAAUCGCAACUGAUCUACUGGAAGAUUUGUUGAAGACCAUGUGAAGAUGGCAUCGACAUCCUCAAAUAUGACAACAUCGUCAUCAAUACCGCAAAAAACAGGAUCAAUAUGAAUGAGGAAGAUAGGAAGGUGAUAAAAUCGAGGUUGGAAAAAUAGAAAUUCGUCAAAUGGAAAAAAGCGUCAAUCAAAUAUAUCAAAAUCUGCAGACCUUCUCGAUACUGUCAGACCAACUACUGACAGUGGCAGAAAAAAAAGUCCGCUGGUUCGGAGACGACUAUAAAAAAAAUAGAGAUGGACCUUCAGAUAGCUAUUUCAAAAAAAAAUGAUUAUGAUAUAAGCAAUCUAAAAAAAAUAAUUAAAUAAAAUCAAUAAUAGUAGAUAAUAAACAAAUACACAUUUCUAA